AUGAUAUAUCCAAAUGAUGUUAUGAAUGAAGUACUUCGUGAUGAAAUUGGAUGUGAUUUAUUUAGAAGUUAUUUAAAGACAAUUUAUUGUUCAGAAACUUUACAAUUUUGGUUAGAGAUAGAGAACUUCAAACAAUAUGCUCCACCACCACCAGCAAACCAACCAUCAGGUCCACUUUUAGCAUUCUCAACUACUCCAUUCGACACCAACUCAUCCUCAUCAGCUACAUCAUCACCAGCUUCACCAAACAACAAUAAUAAAUCAUCACCACAACAACAAUCAAGUGGUUGUUUCUCCUCAUCCUCAUCACAAACAGUAGUCCGUGGCAAACUUUCCGAAGAAAUUGACUCAUCAUUAUUUGAUGAUGUACAAAAAGUAGUUUAUGAAUCAUUAUGGAUGGAUUGCUUCCCUCCAUUCACCCACACCAUUAGUUAUCAAAAAUAUAAACAAGAAACUGGUAAAUGCCACCUCCCAGAAUUCCUUCGUAUUAGUUUCAAAAGAAAAUCACCAAAAAAAGAUGACAUUAGAAUGAAACCAAUAUCAUCAAAAUAA